ACCAACAAGACGUGGCUAGGUUUCUCAUUGAAAAUGGCGCUGAUAUUAACGCUAAAGCCGAGGACGGAUUUACUGUACUUGACGCAGCUGAACAUGGUCAUGACGAAUGUGUUCCGAGUUUUAUCAUGGAUGAUCAGUCUGGAAAAACAGCUCUGCACGUUGCGAUUGAAGCUGGCUCAAAGACAAUGGUCGAGUGUUUGAUAAACAAAUCAGUGGAUGUCAACAUUAAAGAUAGCGACGGGAACUCGGCACUUAUGCUUGCUAUGAAGAAAGACAAUGACGAAAUAACUGAACUCUUGAUCCAGAAUGGUGCAGAUUUGUACUUAGCGCAAGAGAAUUGGGGACCAGCUCUCUUUGGUUGCAUUACACGUAAUUACUAUGCUAGUUCAAGUGUCAUCGAUGCACUGGCUGAAAAAGGCGUACACAUCGAACAAGAUUGGAUUGUUGCGCUUACAACUGCUGUUGAAAAUGAUGAUGCAAAUGGCACUAAGAUGCUAUUGAAAAAUUGUGCUAAAAGUGUGGAUGAUCUGAAGGAUUUGCAUUUACUUCAUUUGGCCGCCGAAAAAGGCAACGCAGAUAUCGUUGGAAUCCUUCUCGAACAGGGUGUCGAUGUCAAUGCAAAAGAGAGUGAAGGAUGGACACCGAUUCGAAGUGCUAUUCAUUCCGAUAAUGGCGAUAUCAUCCGAGUUCUGAUUGAACAUGGUGCUAAUAUUUCAACAGACGAAUCAGGAAACACAGCGCUUCACCAUGCCGCUUUCUUUGGUAAAACCAAUGCAGUUAAAGUUCUCCUUGAAAAAGGCGCCAGAUUCAAUGCUAAAAACAGUAUUGGUGAAACACCACACGAUUUGGCUUUAGCUAAAGGUAACACCGAAGUCGCUACAAUUCUUGAAGAAAAAGACGCCCAACUGCAUGCUAGAGACUAUCGCGGAUAUACACCAUUGCACCGAGCAGCAUCUAUGGGUGAUGCAGAUAGAGUGAUAAACCUCAUCGAACAGGGUGCGGAUGUCAACGCACACGACAUUCAUAAUAAUACACCGCUUCACAGAGCCGCUAUGAGUGGUAGUGCAGAUGUCGUUAAAGUCCUCAUCGAACACGGUGCCGAUGUGAAUGCAAGGGAUUUAUGGAAAAAUUCUGCGCUUCUAAAGGCUGCAUGGAGAGGCAGUGUUGACAUCGCUAAAAUGCUCAUUGAACAUGAUGCCGAUCUCGAUGCACCAGACGAUUCAGGAACUUCGCCAUUGCACAUGGCUAUAGUUUAUAGUAAGGAGGAUGUGGUGCGACUUCUCAUCGAUAGCGGUGCCAAUAUCAAUGCUAUAAACACUGGCGGAGAAACACCACUUCAAACAGCUAUCAAUCAUGGUGAAACCAGAAUCGCCAGAAUGCUCAAGGAAAAGAUCGCCGAAGAAAACAAGGACAGUGAUAGUAGUGACGAUAGCGAUGACACCGAUAAUAAUAACGCCAAUACCAAAGAUGGAUUUCAAUAUACACCUCUACAUUUGGCUGCAGUGCACGGAAACAUAAAUGAUGUCAGAGAACUCAUCAAACAAGGAAGCGAUGUUAAUGCUAGGAGUUCUUAUGGAUAUACAGCACUACAUUUUGCUGCGAGGUUUGACCACCCAGACGUUGCCAGAAUUCUCAUUGAAAAUGGGGCUGAAAUCGACGUUAUGGGCCGGUUUGGAAAUACUCCGCUUGAAUUUGCCGAAUCGAGUCUUUCAGAUGUGGCCGAAAUCAUAAAAGAAGCUAAAGAAAAGCAGGCAAAGAAUGGAAACUAGUGGUGCUUUGAUCCAAAUUGAUAAACAACCUUUGCUAGGGCAUUUCAUCGGAGCAACAUCGACAUGCCGUAAUACCGCAUAAGUUUCCCCUCAAUUAACUUUAUCGUUUACUCCAAUCGUAACAAAAACAGUCUAACUUUGAUUUUAUGUAUAAUUUUGAUUUUUUUUCAUUUGUAUUUCCAUUUUUAUUCUGGUGUCGCCAUAAAUUUGAUGCAAUAAAAUACUGAAUAAAGCUCCAGAAAUAAUAAA